UUCAUGAUUUAAUGCAUCCACUAAAAAUCCAUAAUCUUUACUUUGAAACAUAUUUAUUUCUAUAUUCUUAUCUUCAGAGUAAUGAGACCCUUAAACCAUCUGUGCAAAUAAAUGCUGAGGAGCUGAAAGAAGUCACAAAGACCUUAUUUGUUGAAGUUAUCAAUGAGCUGUUGGUUGAUAUUACAAAUGAUGCAUUUGAGAAGGUCCAACAGCUUCUUACUAUGUCCAAUGACAUUGCCAGAGAAAUAGAAGAAUGUAGUGUCUCUAUACUUAUACAGGAAAUUGUAAAAAGUGUGAUACUUGAUGAGCAACGACAACAGAACAUGGAAGCAGAACAAGCAGCACAACGAGAGAAAGCAUCCUCCACUUUGGCAUCUGAUAUAGUUAAUGAGGUCAUUGAAGAGGAAUUGUAUCGUAGUGCCUCCUCUGUUUACAAUAUUGAGCAUCAAAAGCUUGUCCRACGCUAUGAGGAAUUGGCAACACAGCAAAUCAGCCAAAACAUUCUUGAGCAAACUGUCCUUGAUGAAAUACAGAAAACUGUUCAWGAGAGUUUUAAAGAACUCAAGUCCCUUAGAAAAUCAACAUUACAAAAGAUUUCUAACAGCUUUAUGGUGACUAGAAAAGAAAGGUAUUUUAAGAGAUGGAUCAAAUCAUACCAUUCCCUAGUAAAACUUAAAAGACUGCUAAGUAACUUCCCAUCUCAUUGCUCACUGGCGAGCCCUGAACAGCAACUGAGUCAGUUGAUUGGUCCACAGUUUGAUGCUGGCACAUGUACAUUCCAUACCACAAGGAUCCUUAGAGAUGAACAAAACAUAUCAAAGACCUUAUCACAAAGGCAAGCUGUGCUGGAAAAAAAUAGGUCUGAGGUGCUACGCUCUAUUGACAUUCCUCAAUUGAUCGCCGGCUUAUCCAGCCCACAAUUCUUCACAAARACAACAGUAAAGUCUUGUAUGGACUGGAAGCUUCUGCUGUCAUUCAGGAAUCCCUGUCAGGAUCUUGAUUAUCCUGUUUUUAAUCAAAGUGAAGCUCAUGUCAAUUUAUCAGUGAUUAGGGAAAAAUUUUCAAAAGGGACAAUUACAGAAAAGACAGCUGAUAGUCUUUCAGGAAAGCUUGAGCUGCUAUCUUUGUACAGUGCAGAAGUGCCAUCAAGAUUAUCGACUGCAAAGCGAUGCCGUAUUUGUACAUUGGCUUCAUAUGGGAUUCUAUCUAAUACUGAUUUAACAAACCUUACAUCAUCACGCCAAUUGCAAGGAACCAGUGCUAUUCUUAUUAUAACUGAAUCAAGUGAAUUGCUAUCCUACUCACAUCGCCAGGAUUUGCGUAUAAGAGUUCAAAGACUUUUACAAAGCAAGCCAGAUAUCCCAGCAAUCCCAGUAGUUAUUUUGUUUCUUGAUAAUAGUUUGCAGCAACAUCAUAUUACACAAGAUGCAGUUAUUGAUGCAGUUGGCAUCCACCAUCACUCUAAUCACAUAUCAGAAGCUACAGUUAUCAUGCUUCCAUCAAUUACAGAAAUACAAAUACUGAAUGAUGUGUUACAAGAAGCUGUUACAUGGCUCCUACAACGUUCAAAUGAUCAKCUGGAACUUGAAUCUAAUUCUCUAAAGAACUAUGUGGAGGAAGGAAUGCAACGUUACUUUUGGACAAGUUUCUACGAUGAUUUUGCCACAAGGAAGAGGGCUGGACUUAAUGAUCAGUGUCCAGAAGCACUGAUUGCCAUGUACAAUGCAGUGAUAGAACACCUAGCAUCAGUAGCAUCAUCAUCUAAACUUUGUCGUGUGUCCUGGCCUAUCAAGGAGUUCUGCAAAGCUGAAUCAAGGGGUGUACCACACAUUGACUGGAACUCUGAACCAAGUUUGUCUUCCCUCAGGAGUGUGAUCUUGUCACUUCUUCUUCCACUUCCUCCCCCUAGAGCAGAAAAUGGAUUGUGGGAUUCAGAAGCUCUGCUGUGUCAACUCUACGUUCAACAGAUUCCUCAAAAUUCGACAUAUUUAGCGCAGAGGAUAGAUAGGUUGUUACAUCACAAGCGUCUUUCACUUCACGAAUCACAGCUUUCUGCUGAAGAAGUACCCUGGACACAAGUGAUUGAGGCCUCUAUCUCAUCUCUUAUGACGUCAUUAUACUCAGACCCAGUGCUCUCUAAUACAGAGGUUUAUUUCUUUGUAAACGAAAUUGAUGCAUUUGAACAGCCUGAGAUCUGGCAGAAAGCAGCAUUUUCUUCCAAAGAAGAAAGUACAUUUGAAUUAGAAAAGAAAAGAAUUCAACAGAGUUCAUCAAUGACAUCGAAAGAUGCAUUAAUAUAUGAAUCAGUACAAGUGAUUGAUAAAGACUUGGAAGCUAUACUAAAAAAUAGCAARAUGCGUUCAGUAGAAAAGAAGAAGCAGACAACUUCGUUGGAGAAUUCAAUMAUUGACCUUAAAGGAAAGCUUGGUACAGCUUUGCUAGAAGCUCGUGAUGAUAUUAUAAGUUUUGAAAAAGAUAUUCAGAGGUGGCUGCCAGAAAGUUCGAAGAAACGUAAAGCGGAAGCUAUCCUACAUUUCCAGAAUGAUGGCUUUGUAGUAGCCCCUCUGUGUCUUUGGAACCAAUAGGUCUAUGRCCAUGAAAUUUCCACGCAAUGAUCACCCACGUACAACGAACCACCACAUCCAAUCUUGACCCGUGGGAACUAAAUGUGACGUCAUAAUGACGUCAUUUACAUCAUUUUAACGAUUUAUAAUGCAUUUUGAUAAAUUGCCUACAAUGCCAUAGAAAAUGUUUCAAUAUCAUCUAACAAUUGAAUGAUCGAAUCAAAGAAUUGCAUGCUCGAAUACUCCAG